CGCGCCGGAGCGCAUAGCUAGUGCCACGAACGGUGGUGUUCUUAGAGUGGAUGCGAGACCCUACGCGGUAUCAGCUCGCACAUCCCAUUUGAGGAACACCAAUGCACGUUUGGCAUCUUUACGCACGGAGAGGAUUGCGUUUUUACGCGGCCAGUCUUUGCGCACUGGCGCACCAUCAGCAACCGGCACGACUACACUGGCACCCUGGGUCUCUUCAUUGAGCACAAGCUUUGAUGCUAGAAAGCUGGUGCCAUCACCUGUUUCGACCACUGAAACUCCAGCCACUAAUAAUGCAGAGGAGAAGGCCAUUCCUCAGCCACAACUUUCUACAAUAAAGGCGAAUAACACCGAGCUUUCGAGAUCCAGUUUAGUGCCUGGCGCGUCCUUACUGUCAGCAUCUGUUAACAUCAGAGAUGGGUUAAAUCUUCCUUUCCACGUGGAUGGAGGUGACAGUAUGAUUGGGGAUGAACCAAACAAUGUUCAUGGCAGAAACUCUUUCAACUAUAAUCUACUCCCGUAUGGAAGUGCGAAUAGACAACGGCAGAGUCAAUAUGGUUAUGGCACCAGUUAUUUCCACAACGGCCUGCCUGAUCUCAUCCCUGAUCCAUACUAUAUCCAAGCAGCGUCAUACAUUCAGAGAGUACAGAUGUAUUCACUGAGAUGUGCUGCUGAGGAGAACUGCCUCUCCAGUUCAGCGUACAGCCCAAGCAUCAGGGAUCUGGACUAUCGUGUGCUUCUCCGAUUCCCUCAGAGAGUUAAAAACCAAGGGACAGCAGAUUUUCUCCCCGUGAAACCGCACCAUCAGUGGGAAUGGCACAGUUGCCAUCAACAUUACCACAGCAUGGAAGCUUUCAGCCACUAUGACCUCCUGGACGCCUCCACGGGCAGAAAGGUUGCUGAGGGUCACAAAGCCAGUUUCUGUCUGGAGGACACCAACUGUGAUCCGGGCGUGAGGCGGCGAUAUGCUUGCACGGCUCACACGCAGCAGGGAUUGGGUCCAGACUGCUUUGACACUUAUCAUGCUAACAUUGACUGUCAGUGGAUUGACGUCACAGAUGUUUCACCUGGACGGUAUAUUUUAAAGGUAACAGUGAAUCCGGGUUUUCAAGUGCAGGAGUCCGAUUUCUCCAAUAAUAUCGUCAGAUGUGAUAUCAGAUAUACAGGGUCACACGUCCAAGCACAUAACUGCAGAAUCACAGGAUAUUGAUCCAGUCUGCCUUUCGCAAACCUCACUGUUGCAAAAGGGAUAUUUAAUUUGAGUUACUCUUAAAUUUGAGUUCAUCUUUAUGUUUACUAAAUGAUACAAACACGUUAUAUCACCUUUCCACUGACACAUUAAUUUAUUCUGUAGUUUUAUUUAGAUUUAUUUGAAAUGUAUUACAUUAUAUAUUUUAAAUUCUCUCUUCCCAUUUGGUCUAUCAACUAUAAAAGUACCGUUUUUGAACCAAGACCAGUUCAGAUGUUACCAAGUAUGACAUUGUGUGUUAACCCUGCUAAAAUUUUCUGGCCCAUGCAUUUUAGUGAUAGUAUGAGACCGGCACUUUAAAAACUAUAAAACUAUAUUCCCUCUGAUAUUAGACACAAAUAUUCUUAAUUUAUUAUAUAUUUAAAUGAUAUAUUCUGUAUUUUAAUGAGAUGCAAUUAUAAAGGUGCUAUAGAAAACAAGGUCCAUUAUCACUAUUAUGAUUUUGUCAUAUUUUAUUACUAGAUCAUAUAUUUUAACCACCGGUUAUAUACAUGAAUGAUCCUCAGCUGUAUUUCUGGUCAUGGCUUAUAUAACAAACGAGUCUCUGGAGUCAAAUCUUCUCAAGAUCUUCAAACGUGCUGAGAAUGCAGAGACCUCCUGUCGGCCUCCUCCCGUCUGAACAUUUAAAGUGACACAGGAAGGUGAAAUUCCAGAGGCGUAGGUUCAUGCCAGAGAAGUUUCCGUAUCAGAUCUCACUUCAGAAACAUCAGCUCAACUACUAACAAGACCUUUGACUCCCUGACAUGGCAAGAGUUAGUCCCUGACAGUAGAUACGCAUGCACCAAUAUGCAUGCAAGAAAAUCUUUUACUAUUGACAGCAAUUAAAA